AACAGUAGCAUGGCAGGCUGUUAGCACAGCAGCUAAUUUACCUCAGAAAGGUGAUAAUACAGGGCGGAGAGGGGGGAUAGCGGGGUCGCCGCGGGGCCUGAGGGGCGGAUUAGACCGUGAGGGUCACCGGGAGCCCCGCCGCUCCUCCGGCGGGCGGAAAAUUAACACAAUAACAACAACAGCAGCGGCGGCGACUGGGAUGGAGCUGCAGGACUACUGACACAGCCCAGCGCGCGCUCGCGUGUGUGUGAGAAGGAGCAGCAGAGCCCCUGUGUGCAGGAAUAAAGGUGCAGUAUGGAGGCAGCUCUGAGCCGGCUGAGGGCCCUCACCGCUGAUGAGCUGAGGGAGGAGUUUACGAAGGCCAACUUGAAGUGCGGCCCAAUCACGGCCACCACGAGGGCCAUCUUUGAGAGGAAGCUCGCCCGGGCGCUGCUGGAAACUGCCGGGAUCUCUGAAGCAGACGGGGGCCCUGCUGAUGGCGGGCAAUGUGUCUCCACAGAGGCGUGUGGGGCUCCUGCAGGCCCUCCCCCGGUUGCUGCAGUGGGAGAGGAAGGAGACGUGGGGUACGAUCUGGGUCUGAACCCGCCGGAGGAAGAACCGCUGAGUGAUAAAACCCGAGCGACCUCCACUCAGCUCGACACACAGACCCCCUCAAAAACCCUGCACAUCUCCCCUACCUUCUACUAUGGGGUGUGUCCACUGUGGGAGGAUGUUCUGGCCAGGAAUGAGCGGGCUCACGUGUACAUGGAUAAGAAGGAGGCUCUGCAGGCGGUGAAGCUGAUGAAGGGCGCGCGGUUUAAGGCCUUCUCCAACCGAGAAGAUGCCGAGAAGUUUGCCAAAGGAAUCUGUGACUAUUACCCCUCACCCAGCAAGGGGGCGCUGUGUGUUUCACCUGUUAAAGCUGGACUGGGCUUCUCCAAAGCGGAGGGCUCGGUGGAGACGGAUGGUAUAAAUCGGGAGAAGGCGAACAGUUUUAAGAGUCCGAGGACGCAGGAUCUGACGGCGAAGCUGCGGCGGGCGGUGGAGAAGGGGGACGAGGUGGCGUUCGGCGAGCUGGUGUGGAGUAACCCUCGCUACCUCAUCGGCUCCGGGGAUAACCCCACCGUGGUGCAGGAGGGCUGUCGGUAUAAUGUGAUGCAUGUAGCAGCGAAGGAGAACCAGGGGGGCGUGGCUCAGCUGCUCCUGGACACUCUGGAGAACCCCGAGUUCAUGCGCCUCAUGUACCCCGACGACCUGGAGAGCAUGCUGACCAAACGCAUUCAGUACAUCACUGACCUGUACCUCAACACACCCGAUAAAGCUAGUUUUGAGACUCCGCUCCACUUCGCCUGUAAGUUCGGCUCCGCGGCCGUGGUGAACGUUCUCUGCUCGCAUCCCGACAUCGACAAGAACUGCAAGAACAAGUACGACCAGAGACCCGCUGACGUUGUUUGUGAAAGAAUGAAGGACAAAAGUAAAGUCCAGGACGUCAAGCAGAAGAUUAACGAGUAUCUAGAAGACCGCUUUUACGUGCCCCUCCUACGAGCUGCUGAUAACUCAUCCCAGCCUGUGAUUGGUGCUCCUUGGUCGCCGGAGCCGCUGGAAAACCGGUCGCCACGAUUACCCAGAAGCCCCAUGGACCCUGUGAUGGCGGUGAGGGCCUUUGCCGGCCCUUUAAGUCCUUCUAAAGCGGAUGAAUUCCGGAAAGUGUGGAAGACGCCCCCUAGAGAACGAGCGGGGCAUUUUCACAACAUACUGAAGUCUGAUCCAGACCGCGGCGCUGAAAGGGUCGGCAGAGACCUGGCGCGGGAGCUGGGACACCCCUGGGCGGAGUACUGGGACUUUCUGGACAGCUUUGUGGAUCUGGCGUCGGCUGAAGGUCUCCGGCGGCUGGAGGAAUAUCUGAGUAAGAAGGAGUUCAGUGUGUGUGGUCAUAAAGAGACGGGCGAAAACGAGACCAGCAACAAGUUCAGAACUCCGUCUCCAGGUAAACCGAAGAAGUUCAGCAACUCGGUGUCGGUGGGGGCGUUCCUGGACGAGGGAGCAGAUAUCUCUCUGGAGGAGAUAAAGAAUCGGCAGAACGCGGCGCUGACCAGCUGUUCUAAAGACAGCCAGCGGGGGGCGUCAGGGGGGCUGGAGUUCCACAUCCUGCCGGUUUCGCACGGCUCCGCCCUCAUCGAGCACGAGCUGCUUCUUUCCGACAAGACUCUGAACGGGCAGGUGGGCGGAGACCGGACUCAGAACGGCGGCGGCGGCGAUGAAACGACGAAACGAAGCUCCGCCUCCUGCCUGCUGUCGCCCAUUUCCAACCUGAUGGUGGAGUUUGAGCGCAUGUCUCUGCGGGACGAGGAGACGGAGAGCAGCCCGAGGGAGCGGAGGAGGAGCGGCGGGAGGCGGCAGCGGGACGUCCCAGACAUCAGCCGGCUCAGCCUGGGCCCCGGGGACGACGGCGCCGUGUUCACCGAGGGAGAAAAGGACGGGGCGGAGGGGGCGGAGCUGUCCAGCGGCAGCUCGGAGGAGUAUUUCCUGGCGGAGGAGAAUGUGGAGAGUGGCAGGACUAGAGUGGGGGAGCGGCAGGUUUGCUCCCGCUCCAGGUCGUGGGAUCACUGUAGCUCCGCCUCCUCGGGCUCUUAUAAAUCGCUGGACCGCUCGAACGAGAUGAUCUUGACCACGCCUCCACGAGCCCGGAAAACUCUGUUCAUUGAAGGGGAGUCUCCCACCAAACUGGACCGAGAGGUUCUGGCAGCAGUAGAAGGCACCGAGAUUGACCCAGAGAAGUAUCCCACCGUUCACAAGUGGAAAAGCACAAUUCAGUCCUUCUCCAGCAGCGAUAUGCAGAGUUGGCCGACUCCUGCUAUCUUGAGGAGCUCCAGGCUGCAGUCGUUGACGCCAGGCUCUCCAGUCAGUGGUUUGGUAUCUCCAUCAGGGCGUUACAGUCCAGCCAGACUUGCAUAUUCACCAGACGUUUCCAGUCCUGGACGUUACAGCCCCGCCCACGCCAGUUACAGCCCCGCCCACACCGGCUACAGUCCUGCCAGCUACAUCCAGCGUAUUCGCCUCAAGCAUUUUGGCGACUCGCCCAUUUAACGAAUGCUUACCCGUUCUCCAGCAGCACCUCGCCCACCCGAAAGCGACCGGGCCCUCCGGCUUCGUCCCUCCGGCUGUAGGAAAGGAAUUCAGCGUCUCAGAACCACGACUUUGUUCACUCAGAAACAAAACUCGCUCCCAAACUCAGACACGUCUCAGCGGUUCUGAAAAAUAAACUUUACGUGGUACUUUAGUGCUGGGGUACUCAUCAUGAAUGGUAGUGUAUAUUUUUAAACAAGUGUCUUUUUUUUUUUUUUUUUCUCUUAUAUAAAUAUAUAUAAAUAUGAAUAUAUAUAUAUGUGUGUGUGUGCGUGCGUGCGUGCGUGCGUGAGAGAAUAUUGUCCAUAAUUAUUUAUGGGUAAAACAAUUUUAAAAAUAAAUAAAUAAAAAUCUGCAGCACAUUUUUACAACACCCUGAUCCUCCCUCGCACAUAAAACCGCUCCUAAUUGGGACAUUAAAUUAAAUAAAAUUAAUUUAAGUUAAAUUAAAAACAAAAUGUUUUAUUUUUUUCAGUGUAACUCAGUAGCUCAAAAGUCAUAUUCCAUUAAAGAACGUCCGUCUCUCUGCCUUAAUUUUCUGCAGCCUCUCUAAACGUCACUGCGCCCCCUAGUGGGCAUCAGCAGUGUUCAGUUCUCAAACUAUGACCUGUUCUAACGCUUUAACGUUGUUUUGGAAUGUGAAACGAGUCUCAGUUGUGGAUUAUAAAUGUGUGACGGUAAUGAUCAUUAAAGUUUGCCUUUGCUUUGCACUUUUAAAGCUUCUUUUUGUUAGUAAUUCUUUAAGUACUGCUUUGCACAUGCGUAAAACAUUUUUCAGCAGGUAUUUACAACAGCAAAACUUAAAAACAAACAAAAAAAAAACCAUCUCUCAUAAAAGCGAUAGUUCAAGAGGUGCACAGAAUAUUUGCCAACCAAGACGAGUCAGCCAGAAAUGGCAGGAAAGUGCUAUCAUGUUCAGCCGAAGAACUGAAAAGUAAAAACUUAGCCAUUUAUACAGAACACUAUUGUGCUCGUUUUUCUUGUCCAGACGAAAAGAAGAGUAGAGCAUGCUGUUUCUCCAUCAGCAGCCGGAGUCUGAGAGAGAGAGAGAGAGUACAGUAGAUCAUGCUGUUUCUCCAUCAGUGGCCGGAGUCUGAGAGAGAGAGAGUACAGUAGAUCAUGCUGUUUCUCCAUCAGCGGACGAGGCGUGUGCUAGUCUUCACCCUUCUGAUGUUUGGGGCAUUACUAGUGAUGGGAGGAGUCCUAAUACCUUGGUGCGAUAAAAGGCCUAGAGAAUUAGAGAGGAAAAACGGGCAAAAAACUAAAUAAGUGAUUAUAAACUGUAUAAUAUUACUGCUUUUACAUUAGAAUGCAGCAUCAUAAGUGAUGGAAGCUUGUAAACCCACCAGUUAGCAUGGUGUUUACUAAAAUGAGACCUAUAAAUUGCUCUUGUUUGUAGAGAGUUUCAUACCCGCAAAUUUCAUGUCCGCAAAAUCCACACAAGUAUGUUCAAUAGAUGUUACUUAGCAGAAUGCUAACUAGCAUUGACUUUGCAGCAUCAGAGAGGAAUCUGAGUACAUAUGAACCGUGAUCGUUUGUUGAACUAUCACUUUUUUUUGUUUGCAUUUUUCGUGUAGUCUCGACCUUUGACCUAAUUUAGGACCAUGCUUCUUCGAGCUUCUUUAGUGCCUUUUGGUGAAACUGGGAGGUGUGUGUGUGUGUGUGUAUAAAGACAACCACACACAAACUGAGCUAUUUCAAAAGAAUAAAAAAAACAACAGUAAAAAUGUAAUAAUAUAAUGUAUUAAAGUGAUAGUUUGGACCAAACUAUCUCUUUAAUGACCUCGGUCUGAUCCCUGUCCCUCAGAACAGAGGCGUUCCUCAGCAGUGCCAACACUAAAGGGAAGUUGAGCUGCAGUCGCCAUGAUGGUCAGUUUUUAUUUGUUUGUUUGUUUGUUUUGUCCGUGCUGGCCCUAAUGCAUGCAAUUCUAGUCCAAUUUUAUUACCUGUGAAAGGAGAAAGUAUUUGAUGUACUACUGAGAAAUGAAAAUAAAGUGCACAUUAUCUUCUAA